AUGCAAAAUUUACCAAUUCUACGUAAUUUUCUCAUCGGGCCUACGCCUUUUUCAAAAUCCGAGUUGGCAACACUGCAUCGUCUCAUGAAGAGAUCAUUCUUGAACAAACCCUUGAAUGCAAGCUGCCAGUUUUUUGUGCAGUAUAGACAGCAAGAAACGCCGCCGCUGAAGCCGGUGCGGUGCGAGAUCACGCCGGCGACGGUGCGGGCGUCCGGCGGGGCCGGGGCCGGGGUCAGGGCGGGCGCGGUGAGCUCGCGCGCGUUGCCGCACUUCCAGAUAUACGCCGAGAUCGACUCAACUGUCUGUGCGCUCGACAAACCAAUCACGGGAAAGAUUCGCGUGGAUGAGUGCUCGGUGCCGAUCAAGUCGAUAGAGCUGCAGCUGGUACGUGUCGAGACUUGUGGCUGCGCAGACGCGUACUCUAGAGAUGCGACGGAGAUCCAGAACAUCCAAGUGGGUGAGGGCGACGUACUACGCGCUCGGGACCUGCCGCUGUACAUGGUGCUGCCCAGACUGUUCACCUGCCCAACUACCACCACCACGCACUUCAACAUCGAGUUUGAACUGAACAUCGCUGUUAUUUUCGAAGACGACUACUUGGUGACUGAAAACUUCCCAAUCUUGUUACUGAGAAGUAGGUAG